AUGCUAUACAGUCACGUAACAUUGUUGAUGCUUCGUGUUGUCGAUGUAGUUGCUGAAAGAACGGUUCAUCAAACUGCGCGAAUGCUUGUAGCCGAAAUACCUGGUGAUGUACAGAUUGGUGCGCUAUUCCCGUUGCACCACCAAAUCACAGGUACUGAAGCAUGCGGUCGAAUUUGGGAACAGUACGGUAUUCAACGCAUGGAAAUUGCGCUUGCUACGAUAGCUGAAUUAAAUGCUUUUCUACCUUUUAAGCUUGGCAUCAGUAUCAGAGAUUCAUGUUGGACAGAUCGUAUUGCCAUGGAGCAAUCCAUUGCAUUUCUACGUGAAGGCGUUAGUCAAUGUUCGUGUGCAACAACGCCAGGUUGCCAGAAAAAGACAGCACCAGUUGUGGCAAUUGUAGGGCCUGCAAAGAGUUCCACUACAAUUGCAGUACAAAACUUACUACAAGUAUUUCAUAUACCUCAAAUUGGAUACGGUGCCACAACAGCUGAUCUUUCUGAUAAAGAACAAUAUGGUUAUUUUAUGCGUGUGGUACCAGCGGAUACAUGGCAAGCUAAACUGGUUAUUGCUAUGUUGGAACACUUUAACUGGACUUAUGUUGCCGUUAUUUAUUCUGCUGGAAACUAUGGUGAGAAAGGAUUCGAAGAGUUGGAACGAAUGAUCAAUAACGACCUAUCAGAAAAUGUUUGUAUCGCGUAUUCGGAAAAAGUGAAAAGCUUAGCUGAACCAGCUGAAUUUGACAAAAUUUUAAAUACUUUAAGUAGUCAAAAGUCGGUACCACAAGUAGUGGUAUGUUUUUGUGAAGGCCUUACGAUGCAUGAAAUGUUUAAAGCACAACAACGUCGUCGAAGAAGAAAUCCGGGAAUACGACCAUUUCAAUGGAUUUGUAGUGAUGGUUGGAAUGAUCGUUUAGACGUCGUUGAUGGCGUGGAACAUGAAGCUACCGGAAGUUUCUCUAUUAGGAUACAUUCACCACAUGUAAAAUGGUUCGAUCAGUAUUAUUUCUCAUUGAACCCAGAAAAUAAUACACACAAUCCAUGGUUUCGAGAAUUUUGGCAAGAGAAAUUUCAUUGUCAAUUUAUGGUACCUAAAGAUGAUCUCGAAACAAAAGUUUGUACUGGACGAGAGAAUGUUACAUUAAACUACAAACAGGAUGCAAAAUUGAGUCAGGUUGUAAAUUCGAUUCGUGUCGUUGGAUUAGCCCUUCAGGCAUUGUACAACGAUCGUUGCAGAGAGAAUUCAACAAUAUGCACUGAAAUAUUUGCAUUAAAUGGUACUUUACUACUCAAAUAUAUGCUCAAUGUUACAUUUGUUGAUCAGUUCAAUCAGGAAGUUUAUUUUGAUGCAAACGGUGAUCCACCUGCAUGGUAUGAUGUUUUGAAUUACGUUGGUGGUAGGGAAGGCUUUCGUAUGGUUGGUGAAUAUCGGAAAAAACGCCUUGGCAAAUAUCGACUGAAAAUUAUAGAGAAUGAUAUUAUGUUCUACGAUAAAACAAAUCAAAUUCCUGAAUCAGUUUGCAGUAAACCUUGUAAAAUUGGACAACGACAAAGAGAAACAGCAGCUUGUUGUUGGAUUUGUGAAGAUUGCUUGGCACAUCAAAUAAUGAAUUAUACAUUACGUUCAUGCCAAAAUUGUACACUUGGCUGGUGGCCCAAUGACGAUCAUACAGCUUGCUAUCCUUUGGUACAUGAAGGGCCAGAUUGGUCAUCAACGGGUAUCAUCUUAGCUUUGUUACUUGCAUCCUUGGGGACAUUGAUGACAUUAUUUACUAUAUUAGUAUUCAUUCGUUAUAAUCAUACUCCUGUUGUUAAAUCAACCACCAGAGAAUUGUCCUAUAUAAUUCUAAGUGGUAUUACUAUUUGCUAUGCGGUAUCAUUUGCUGUACUUGCAACACCAUCAUUUAUCACCUGUUUUAUAUCACGUACACUACCUCCUGUUGCUUUUUCAAUGAUUUAUUCUGCACUUCUCACUAAGACAAAUCGUAUUGCACGUAUUUUAGCUGGUAGUAAAAAACGAAUUUUAACGAAAAAACCACGCUUCCUAAGUACUGCAUCACAAGUAAUAAUAACAUGGAUUAUUGUAUGCAUCGAAUGUGUUAUUGUUGCUGCAAGUGUAAUGGGUGAAAUGCCACAGGCUGGUUUUGAUCCGUAUUAUCAACCUCGACGUAUGGUACUCGUCUGCUCAACUACAACACUUGCCUUUUUAACACCAUUUUUCUGGAAUCUUUUCCUGAUAUCACUUUGUACAUUGUAUGCGGUUAAAACAAGAAAUCUACCAGAAAAUUUUAAUGAAGCAAAAUUUAUCGGUUUUACUAUGUACUGUACGUUGGUUGUUUGGUCAGCAUUUAUUGUUCUUCAUUUGGGUACAACAAAUAAAGCACUCACAAUGAGUUUUUCAUUUAGCCUCUCAGCUAGCAUAGCUUUGGUAUUAUUAUUUUUUCCAAAACUUUAUAUAAUCCUAUUGCAUCCGGAAAAGAAUGUUCGAGCAAGUUAUACAACUACCAAACUGAUACGCUGCCAUUUUGGUAAUUCACAAACAACGGAACGAAUUAGUAGAGAGACAAAUGAUUGGAAAUCCGGUUCCAGUCAGCAUUCUUUUUCCAGAAGGGAAGUUGGAUCACAGAUACGAUAUGGUUGUCGGAAACGUAAACCAUCAGUUCGUAUUAGUCAAAGUCCAUCGCAGGAUGCAUCGACACAAACUGAAUCCAAUAAAAUGACCUCUAAGUUUGUCCGAACAUUUUCCAUUAUUAGUCGUGGUCUUGGUACUACCGGUGCUGGUACCACUCAUGAUGGUAUCAAACGACUGGAAACUUCACAAAGUAAACAAUCGCAUGGCUCCGUGAAAAAUUUAUUGUUGAUGGAAAAGGAGGAGGAAAAUGAAAAUCUCGGUAGUCUAAUUGCGGGUUCAUUGCAAACCGUUCUGAAUACAGUUUCAAAACAAGUAUUACCUAUGACCUCAUCACUACCACACACUCAAUUGUCCAAUGAGGAUUAUAGAUUUGAGCAGCUUUUGAAAAGCCGUGGCAUGGAACCUCUCCAUAUGACAAAUGCGACACCACUGUAA